UUCAGGAGGUAUCAGACGGAGCCAAAGUUAAUACGGAUAAAUAAAUGGGAAGUAAGAACGGUAGAUGAAUCGAACGCAUUGCAAGUCAAAGUUCUGUCGGACCAAGAAGAGAAAGCGGUUUUUACGCUCGUUUUCUACACGCAUGAGAAUGCCAAAUAAUAUCAAUACGAUAACAACAAAUACAUUUUACAAGAGGUGUCCAGCUUAGAGCUUGCAGAACCAGAAGACGUUUGGACAAAUUUAUUUCAUCUUUUUUUCUGUGGAGAGGUAAGGACACCUACAAGAGUUGCAAGACUGCCUUCUUCAAGUGGAUGCCCGGUGAAUUGGUAAUGGAUUAACUGUGUUUAAAGGGACCAACAGAUCUACGCACAUCCCUUUACCGAGAACACCGCUAAUCCAUCCAAGUGAGAAAAAUCGGCUAAAAUCACGCCGUCUGUGGAUUGUACGAUUAACUUGGGGAGUUCGAGCUUUCUCCUACUGAAGAUGACAUCGGAGUAUUUGCUAAGGACGCUGCUGAUGCUAAUACUAGCGCUCUUCUCUGCAAAUGCAAGCAACUGGCUGUACCUGGCGAAGCUGUCGUCGGUGGGCAGUAUCUCUGAGGAGGAGACGUGUGAGAAGCUAAAGGGGCUGAUCCAGAGGCAGGUGCAGAUCUGCAAGCGGAACGUGGAGGUGAUGGACGCCGUGCGGCGAGGGGCCCAGCUGGCCAUCGACGAGUGCCAGUUCCAGUUCCGCAACCGCCGCUGGAACUGCUCCACGCUGGAGACCCUGCCCGUGUUCGGCAAGGUGGUGACGCAGGGCACCAGGGAGGCUGCCUUUGUGUACGCCAUCUCGUCGGCGAGCGUGGCCUUCGCCGUGACGCGGGCCUGCAGCAGCGGGGAGCUGGAGAAGUGCGGCUGCGACCGCAACGUGUACGGGGUCAGCCCCGAGGGGUUCCAGUGGUCGGGCUGCUCUGAUAACAUCGCGUAUGGCGUGGCGUUCUCCCAGUCCUUCGUGGACGUGAGGGAGAGGAGCAAAGGGCUGUCCUCCAGCCGGGCUCUGAUGAACCUCCACAACAACGAGGCGGGGAGGAAGGCCAUCCUGAACAACAUGCGUGUGGAGUGUAAGUGCCAUGGAGUGUCGGGGUCGUGUGAGGUGAAGACGUGCUGGAAGGCCAUGCCGCCCUUCCGGAAGGUGGGGAACGUGAUCAAGGAGAAGUUUGACGGGGCCACGGAGGUGGAGCAGAGGCGGAUCGGCACCACCAAGGUCCUGGUGCCCAAAAACUCCCAGUUCAAACCGCACACGGACGAGGACCUGGUCUACCUGGACCCCAGCCCGGACUUCUGCGACCACGACCCCAAGAACGGGGUUCUGGGCACGGCGGGGCGGCACUGCAACAAGACGUCCAAGGCCAUCGACGGCUGUGAGCUCAUGUGCUGCGGCCGGGGCUUCCACACCGAGGAGGUGGAGGUGGUGGACCGCUGCAGCUGCAAGUUCCACUGGUGCUGCUACGUCAAGUGCAAACAGUGCCGCAAGAUGGUGGAGAUGCACACCUGCCGGUGA